AUGACAACAAAAGUUUACCUGAACCUGAGCUGGCGCGCCCGGCUCUCGUGGGACCCCCGGGAUCACGGGGGGGCGGCGGCGCUGCGGCUGCCGGCCGACAACAUCUGGCUGCCAGAUGUGGGGCUGGACAACAACAAUGACGGCGAGUUCGGGGUGUCCCUGGGGGUCCGGGCCAUCGUCAGCCCCGACGGCGCCGUCAGCUGGAGACCCCCGGCGCUGUUCCGCAGCCGCUGCCCCAUCCGGGUGUCGCAUUUCCCGUUCGAUUGGCAGAACUGCUCCCUCAAUUUCCGCUCGGGCUCCUACGGCCCCGCGGAGCUGCGGCUGCGGCCGGGGGGGCCGGGGGGGCCCUGGGGGGCGCAGGUGGCGCUGCCCCCCGACUUCCAGGAGAACGGCCAGUGGACCCUCGUUCACCGCUCGGGGGGCACCUGGGGCCCCCCGGGCUCACCUGUGGGCGUCUCCUUCCACCUGGUGCUGCAGCGGAAGCCGCUCUUCUACCUGGCCACGGUGCUGGUGCCGUGCGUGCUGAUCACGCUGCUGGCCGUGGGCGUGUUCCACCUGCCCCCCGACGCAGGUGAGAAGAUGUCUCUCUCCCUGUUCGCGCUGCUGACCCUGACCGUGUUCCUGCUCCUAUUGGCCGACAAGGUCCCGGCCACGUCGCUGCAGGUGCCCCUGAUUGGCCGAUACCUGACGGGGACGCUGGUGCUGCUCACCUUGGUGGUGGCGCUGAGCGUGGGCGUGCUCAACCUGCACCACCGCUCACCUGGCACGCACGGCAUGCCCACCUGGGCACGGCAGGUGUUCCUGCAGCGCCUCCCGCCCCUCCUCGGCCUCCGCCCCUGCCCCGCCCCCUCUCGCGCCUCUGACGCCUAUUUCCUGCGCCGCCCCUCCCCCCCUGGCCCCGCCCCCAAACCGGCAGAAUUCGCCCCAAAACCGGAAUUUGCCCCGAAAUUCGCGGAAUUCGCCCCAAAGUUGGCGCCGGAGCUGCGCGAGGCCGCGGCCGCCGCUGCCGCCAUCGCGGGGAGCCUGAGGGAGAGAGAGCGCAGGAGACAGGCGCAGGACGAGUGGCGGAUGCUGGCCAUGGCCGUGGACAGGCUCUGCCUGUGGGCGCUGCUGGUGCUCACCGGGGGCUGCGCGCUGGGCACGGGGCUGGACGCGGCGCUGCAACCGGCCCCCGGACACGCCCUUCCCGUGAGCCAAAAUCCAACAAAAUAGCCCCAAAAAUAUCCUCAAAAUAGCCCAAAGUAUCCUUAAAAUAUCCUGAAAAUAUCCCUAAAAUAUUCCCAAAAAUAUCCCCAAAAUAUUCCCAAGAAUACUUAUUAAAAUAUUUUUAAAAUAUCCCAAAAAAAUACCCAAAAUACCCCUAAAAUAUUCCCCAAAAAUAUCCUGAAAAUAUCUCUAAAAUAUUCCCAAAAAUAUCCCAGAAACAUCCCCCCCAAAAAUACCCAAAAUAUCCCAGAAAUAACCCCCAAAAUAUCCCAAAAUUACCUCAGAAAAAAUUCCCCAAACAGCCCCAAAAAUACCCCAAAAAUAUCCCCAAAUAUCCUGCAAACAUCCCAAAGUAUUAAAAAAAAAAAAUCCCCACAUUAUCCCCCAACAAUAUCCGGAAAUAUUCUCCAAAAUAUCCUAAAAAUAUCCCCCAUAAAUUCCCCCCAAAUAUCUCAGAAAUAGCCCCCAAAAAUGCCCCAAAAGCCCCAAAUUUUCCCCGAAAUAACACCCAAAAUUCCCCAAAAUCUUUUUGGGAUCCCCUCAAAAAAUCCCAAAUAAAUCCUGAACCCCAGAA